AUGUAUAAUGCAGGUAAAGGGUCUAACCCUGAAUGGAACGAGACGUUCUUAUUCGAUGUUUCAAGCCAAGAUUCAACAGAUUUAAGGAUCAAAAUUAUGGAUAGUGAUAUGAGUACCGAUGACUUUGUUGGUCAUGCCAGUAUCCCGUUGGAUGCACUUUUUCGUGAUGGAGAUAUUCCGGCAAAGUCAUAUAACAUCAACAAGGAUGAUAAAUUCUGCGGAGAGAUCAGAAUCGGCCUCAACUUUACAGCCCAGAGAAGUCGAGGUUUUGAUCCAACAGACGGGAAUAUUGGUGGAUGGAAGCAAUCGGGCCAUCAUUAGUUACAUGGCCAACAUGCUUGCACUUCUGAUCUUCAAUCAUCAAUAUGUAACUUACAUGCAUUUCAAAAAAUAAUAUGUAACUUAGCUCCUUACUCUUUGAUGUCAAGUUGUAAAUGGUGUGUGUCCCCCCUCCCCGAGGGUGCAGACCUACAUAGCGUCGUGGAUAUCAGUCCUGUACAAUGUGUGCCCUAUAUAGGUUCAAUUCGAAAACUGCUAUGCAAGAUAUUUUACUCUUCUGAAUAAAUCAUAAAUGUGUGUUAGACACUUUCUUAGAGAUUCUACUGUUACACCACUAGGGCUCAAAAUCUUCCAGUCUGCGUGCACUA